UUACUUCACUGUACGUCCCCCCAAAAACUCCUCGUCUCUCUCGUCUCCUUAAAAACGGUCCCCCCUCUUGCCACCGCGUCACUCCCACCCCCACACAUUUCCUAGAGCGAGCGAGAGAGAGAGAGAGAGAGAGAAUCAAUGGAGGGAAUGGACGUCAUGCCUCCGCCGUCACCGUCUGCGAACGGCACCACCAUGCUCCACCCCCACAAAAUGAUGAUGCACAUGACCUUCUUCUGGGGCAAAAACGCCGAGAUCCUCUUCUCGGGCUGGCCCGGAACCAGUUCGGGCAUGUACGCUGUGGCCCUCAUGUUCGUCUUCGUCCUUUCCCUCCUCGUCGAGUGGCUCUCCCACGGCAACCUCAUCAAAGACGGGUCGAACCGGGUCGCCGUCGGGUUGGUCCAGACGCUCAUACACGCGGUUCGGGUCGGGCUGGCGUACAUGGUGAUGCUCGCCGUGAUGUCGUUCAACGGCGGCGUUUUCGUCAUGGCUGUGGCUGGGCACGCGGUGGGGUUCUUCUUGUUUGGGAGUCGGGCUUUGAAGAAGGCGCCGCCGCCGUCGAAUGGGAAGACGUCUGAUGUUCCUCCGAUGAGUUGUUGAAAUCUGAUUCGUAUGGUAAUAAUUUUCCCGUAGGGCUGGUUUGGUUGUUUGUCAAAGUAAGGGAAGUUUUGGAAAAUAAGAAGCAAUUGUGUAUUCAGGAUGAUAUUUUGAUAAGUGUUGGGGUUUAGUCGAAUUUGGGGAUAUGUUUAGGCUGCGUUUUUGUGAACUUAUAAGUCUGAAACUUAUUCGGUAGUUUUUUACUUUUUGUAACUUUGUAUUUAGCAAAUAAGACAGUUAUUUAAUA